AUGGCUUCGAAGGAUGCGCGCUCCGUUAUCGACCCCUCCAAGUUUCUUAACAAGAAGGUCCGAGUUAAGUUCUCGGGAGGUCGAGAGGUGGAAGGAACCCUUAAAGGCCACGACGCCGUAUGCAAUCUGGUGCUGGACGAUACAGAGGAAUUUCUAAGAGACCCCGAGGACUCUAGUCGGCUUUUGGAUACCACGCGGUCCUUGGGACUCAUUGUGGCACGGGGCAGCGCAAUCGUCCUCAUCUCUCCGGUGGACGGUGUGCAGCGUAUCGAAAAUCCUUUCCUUGGCGUUGACGCCCAGUGA